GGAGUUUCCAACGCACAGCUCCAGUGCAAGAAUACACUGAAUAUCUCGCAUGGAUGCGUCCCAACCACUGAACUAGAGAUACGUAUCUCUAGUUCAGUGGUCCCAACUAAAUGUGUAUCUCCUAUGGCUGGCUUCGAAGCGUUGUGUAAGCCAUUUUGAAAGUGAACUGCCGAAAGGAACAAAUCUAUUUUAAAAAUUAUUAGUUUUUUAAAAGUUAAACUGUUUCAACAGGAAUAUUUUUGGGGAAUAACACAGACUAGUUGGGGUCAGAUCCCUCGUAACCCUAGGGAUCCUGUAUUGUAAGCGAGGAGUGAUUCCUACAAGUUCCAACACUUAAAGAUCAACUGCACGUUCCAUGACGGAGCUACCAUCCAUCUCAUUGCUUCAUCCACGUCUCGACAGUUCUGUGUAAGAUGACACGAUAGAGCAUGCUCAGAUAUUUCACUCGCAGGAUUUUCAAGAUGGGGAACAACAAACAGAUUCAUGUGGUUAUUUGCUUACUCGUUCCCCUCUCUCUUACUACCGUAUUCCUACUGACUUCAGAUGAAUUCAAAAGAAGUUAUAGGGCCAUGCAGCUUCGCCCGACAGCGUGCAGCUGCUCGUCAUGUGCUGCAACGACGCGAUCGUUUUCUGUUGAAUGCGGGAAUAAACCUGCAACCGAGGACGUCAUGGAAGUCCGCACCAAGGAGGAGAUCAACAACUCUUCCACAAACUCUACACCGGAUGCAAACACUGAUGCCGGUGGGUUGAUUACUUACAAUGACAAUCGAGUGCUUUACAAGUUUUAUAAAGCUACUUGGGACCCUUCGUACAAGUGCGUGAUUAAGAUGGUCAGGUUUCACAAGAUAGCGGAUGGCAAUGUUUAUCACAACCAUGAUAGGAACACUUUCGAUUCGUGUCAACAAGGAAAAGGCAACACUUGCGCCGUAGAAGCAAAGUACACCCGGAAUCUGACGGAUUUCCGGGAUGCAGACGUCGCCAUUUUGAUGGAAGGGGCAUUUAAAUUCAUUGAUUUGGAGAGUGCUCUUCAAGCAAGGCCACCGGGACAGCUUUGGGUGUUGUAUUCUAGAGAGUGCCCCAUGCACGAAUCGCAGUUCGUUCCACCUUUUGCGGGUAACCCAUAUAAUCUUAGCAUGACGUACCGAUCAGGGUCGGACGUUAGAUUGCCGUAUGGACAAUUUGUGAAAGAUAAACUGAGUGGGGUGAAGAAUGGUAAUAAGUCGAGGCUGAUGAUGUGGAUGGCGUCACGAUGCAAACCGUUGGGUUGGGAGAGAACUGAGUUUGUUCAUGCUCUGCAGAAGCACUUAGAUGUGCACAUUUAUGGCAGAUGCGGUACCUACGAUUGCCCGCGUGACUGGAGAGUUUGCCUGAAGGAAAUGCAGAAAUACAAGUUUUACCUUUCACUCGAGAAUAGCGAAUGCGCCGAGUACAUCACAGAAAAGUUGUGGAAAAAUGCAUAUGCGACUGGCAUGGUCCCUGUUGUCUUCGGAGCGAGGAAGGAGGACUAUGUCAGGUUUGCGCCACCGAAUUCGUUCAUCCAUUUAAACGACUUCAAGACAAUGAAAGAAUUUGUGGAUUACAUUAAUUUAUUGGAUCGAAACGAGACGCUGUAUAAUAAGUACUUCGAGUGGAAGAAGGUUGGGAGAGUUACUCUAGGCAUGGGGUCAGAAAGUGCUCUGCACCCUCAGCAUCUGUGCGACUUGAUAAAGAAGAUGGUGGACAAUUCGGUCUUUCCUCAGAGAUCAUGGCAGUGGAGGACACCCGACUUUCCUACAUGGUGGAAUCGGUCCUGUACUCGCCAAACGGAAUUACUAGGAGUGAAAAUAUAGAUUGGAAUUUAGGAAAUCACAUUAACUACGAAUAUGUGAACAGGUGGGUGCACCAUGAAGCUGUUCGUAAAGUUACACACGACUUUACGCACAACUGGAAAGUCUAAGGUCAUAAAUCAAUUACAUCCGUAGGGAUAUCACAAAGCACAGUCGUAAGUACAUGAAAAGUCAUUCGUAUCUUACGAACAGCUUUAUGAAACACCCACCUGGACCCCGUCUUAUAAAGAGUUAGGAUUGAUCUAAUCAACCACAUCUCUAUGGAAAUCCAUCAGUGUCAUAAUUUUUUCUACAGGAAAUAUGCACAAUAUCCUUUGUAAGCAAAGAGAAGCACAGUGAAUUUUUAAGAAAACAAUGAAUAUACAUCAUAGUUGGAAAAUAUUUUGCACAAACAUGUUUUUGCUGGCCGUCCAUAGUUGUGAUUGAUUGGAUCAAUCGUUAACUCUUUGUAAGACGGUGCCCAGGUAACCAAGAACCAAUUCAAGGGCAAUAUCCCACGCCGACACAUUGGACAUCGCCUAUAAUUCUCUAAUCACUUUUCCUACUAGAAAUGACUGUGUGUCCCACAGGUUGUCUCGCUGUGUAGAACACAGGAUGAAAAAACUUUCACAAUGUUAAACUGAAACCUAAGUUUAACAAUGUUAAACUAAAACUUAAACUUGUGGUCUAGUGGUUAUUACAAAUCUCGUCUUUCAAUGAGGGGGCGUGGGUUCGAAUCUCAGCCACGGCGUGUUUUCCUUCAGCAAGAAAUUUAUCCACAUUGUGCUGCACUCAACCCAGGUGAGGUGAAUGGGUACCAGUCAGACCGCAGGUCCCUAUGCUAAUGAGCAAAAAGGCCAGAUUCAUCCAAAUCAUCUCGUGGCUGAAUCCUCCUCCUUGCAAAAUCUCGUGAUUCGUGAGAUUUUCUUUCUCUAAGAAUUUACCUGUUUUAAUCUCAAGUUAAAAGAAAUAUUAUUGGACCAUCAGAUAGAGUAAUGUUAUUCUUUCAUAUGGGUCAUUUAUUUUGUACAAAAUAUUUUGAUAAAUGUGUAAAUUUCUGGCCUGAAAAUGUGCCUCAAAACUGAAUUUUCUUCCUCUGUUUUCUUUUUCAAAUUGUGAAAAACUUUUUAUUUUGAGCCUCAAUGAUAUAUAUAUCACCAUAAAGCUGAACUUCUGUACUUUCUCACAAUGUCACUCUUGAUAUGCGGCACCUUUUAAUCGGGUCAAGAUCACACUUUUCCCACCAAGGUACAAGACGAGAUUUCUGAAAUUUUGUACUUGCAUGAAAUCCAGAGUUCUGAUUGGCUGGAUAAGGUUCACAGAACAACAGGCGCGGGUAAUUGGAGGAGAUUACAACAUGGGAAGUGUGACCUUCCCAUGAACCCAGGCACUGGAACUGUUGGAAUUUGCCAGUGUGUGGUCUCUUUGACCAAUCAGAGUGCAAUAUUCUUGUUUUUUCAAGCUGCUUUAUGUACUUGGCCAAUGAAAAGUGUGAUCUUGACCCGAUUAAACCAAUUCUUAUUUUGAAACCUCUCAAGUCAUGAAUAUCACUUGGAUAAUAGAAGCCAAUUUCUUGGGACCUGCCGUCUGACUGGGUACCCGGCAGGAUUAAUUCCUGAAAUGCACCAAGCGCCUUUAGCAGCUGGAGCUACAGCCGGGGUAAUAUAUAGUUCGCCAUUGAAUAGGAAACUAGAUAAUUCGGCGCCUCAUAAAUGCUAUAUAUUAUUAUUAUCAUUAUUAAGUAUUUUAACCGUGAAAAUCACAUUCUCACAUGGACCAGUAUGUGAGCCCACACUGUGUGAAAUGAUAAUUAUGUACACUGUUCAACUGAAGCUGCAUUUUAACAGUGUAAAUCACAUGUUCUUAUUGCCGAUUUUCAUAACUUAUUUUGUUUUUUAAGAUCAUUCCAUUAGGAAUCAUCCAGGAUCCAUAAGGGUUUAUAAUUUACCACCCUAAUUCUUUGCUCUGAGUUAAUGUUUGUUUUUUAGUAUCGGAACAGUUAAUGGGUUAAGUAGUGUCAGAACGAGUAGAUAGGAAAAUCUUGACGAAUGGUGAUUAUCAAUAUAUCGCAGUUUUCCAGUAGUUUUUCAUCAAAUCCAAGUAAGGCUCAAUCAUAAGAAACAUGCAAUGUCUAAAGAAAAUGUUUAGCUUCUCAUAAUUUUAGCACAGAGUUAGACUUGGGUCUAUAAGUUAGACUGGACUUUAGAGUACAGGCCCUUUUUGGACAUGAAGAAUAAUAUUCUGGAUCUCGUCAAGUUAAGCAUGUUAAGGGAAGCUUGAAAGUGCCAUCUAUGGCGAGAUAUUUUUAUCCUUCUAAGUCGACUAGGUAUAAAGUUGUUUAUCGACAUGGCAAGAUACACGGUGGACGUAACUCGCCACGUCGACAUAUUUAUAUAUAUAUAUAUAUUGAAGUCAAUUUGACAAAUUUUUAUCUCAUGAAAUACAUUCAAACCUGUCCGUAAA